UAACUUAUACCCUGCUCUCAUGCAUAGUUUCUUGUUGGGCGCUCACAGACGCAUCGAUUCUCGUUUACCAGAAGGGAUGCCACUCUCAGCUGUGGGCCUCCGCUGAGUCACGAGCUCCCAUCGGCUUGGCACAGCUUUUGCGUCUUUCUGCACCACUCUCACUGUCCCCCGCUCCAACAAAUACCCUCUUGAUCUUCAACCACCCACUCCCGGAUUUAUCAGGAUGAACGAUGGCAUUAGCAGUAGCUCGGGCGAUGGGGAUAUCGAGCUUUCCCGUGUUCCUACUGUGAAUGGCUCCGACACUGACAAGGAUCCGCUCUUGCUGGCCAGCCGUCUUCAAAGCGAAGAGCAUAUUAAGAAUCUACGCCAACGCAAGAGACACAAGAAGGGGGGCGUCGUUGUCGGAGAGUUUUAUGAGAAGCAGAACAAGCAAAUUGCUUCGCUUUUGAUGACCAUGGACGAGCAUAUCGAAAGCGCUCAGGCGGAAGAGGAGACGAAUCGAUUGGCGAUUAAAGUGGCCAUCUACGGCUCCCUCGCAGCGAACUGUGUCCUGGCUGUGCUCCAAAUAUAUGCUGCUAUUUCUUCGCUGUCUCUGUCGUUUUUCGCGACGGCUAUAGAUGCUGUGUGCGACCCUAUGGCGAAUGUCGUUCUUCACAUCUGCCAUCGGAAGGCCAUCUCGGCGGACCCGAACAGAUAUCCUUCUGGUGGAAGCAGGCUGGAAACGAUCGGUGACAUAGUGUAUGCCAGUGCGAUGGGCUCUGUCUCCACCAUUCUCAUCGCAUUCUCGGUUCAGGAUCUGGCUCGUGGUGCACCGAGUGACCGAGCGCUUCACAUCCCAUCUGUCAUCGUCGUCGCCAUAUCUUUCUUCGUAAAGCUCGUACUUUUCAUAUAUUGCUACUCGAUCCGCUCCAAGAACUCUCAAGUCCGCGUUCUCUGGGAAGACCACCGGAACGACCUGUUCAUCAAUGGUUUUGGUGUGCUGACUUCUUCUGCCGGUGCCAAGCUCCGCUGGUGGAUUGACCCCGCUGGUGCGAUGAUCAUCUCAAUCGCUCUCAUUUUACUGUGGGGCACAACGAUCCGGAAACAGUUCCUUCUCCUUGCUGGCAUCUCCGCUCCGAUCGAGUUCCAGCAACUGGUGAUAUACAAGGCCAUGAUGUUUGCGGACGAUAUCAAGCAAAUCGACUCUUGCAAAGUCUAUCACGCUGGUCCUGACUACAUUGUCGAGCUGGACAUCGUGAUGGAUGCGGACACACCGUUGUGGAAGUCUCACGACAUUUCGCAGGCUCUGCAGGAUAAGAUCGAGCAGCUGCCGAACGUCGGAAGAGGCAAGUUCAUUUCUCUCCCUGAUUUAACUGAUCGCUCAUGCACUGUGAAGCUUUUGUCCACGUUGACCACGAGAUCAGCCAUAAACCAGUGCGUCCUUAGAGUUGCGUUGACUGCUUAG